GGUCCCCACUGCACCAUGGGUCCCCAGGUGCUGGUGCCACUGCUGCUGCUGCUCCUGCCACUGUUCCAGGGGGCAUCACCCAGGCCCCCCAGGCCCCGAUCUCGCCGAGCUGCUCCACUCCCUCCUCCGGCCAAUACCACCAUCUUCUCCCAUGUCUACAACAUCCGCGUACCACCCUGCCCAGCUUGCGGAGACCCCCAGGAAGCGCGGGGGUCGGCAGCCACGGCAGUCCCACUGGGAGAGCCAGGGAUGGGGGAGGCCGAGAAGCAGGUGGUACUGACCCACCGCAUCAACCUGGCCGGCCCGGGCUGUGGCUGUGAGGCUGACACCACUGCCCUGAGGGACGUCCUCGCCCGGCUUCGUGUCCUUGAGGCCCAGGUCCGGUCCCUGCGAGACCAGUGCAGCCCAACUGCUGCUGCCACUACCCAAGCUGGCACAGGCCAGACGGACACGCGGAGCCUGUGCAGCCAGCACGGCACUUUCGACCUGGCGGCCUGUGGCUGUGUGUGCGAGAAGGGCUGGGGUGGCCCCACAUGUGCUGAGCCCCAGUGCCCAGGUGGUUGUGGCCCAGGCGGGGUCUGUGUGGAUGGGCACUGCCAGGCCCCCACCUGCCCUGAUGACUGCAACGACCAGGGCCGAUGCCUAGGCGGUCGCUGUGUCUGCUUCGAGGGCUACUCAGGCCCUGCCUGUGAGACUCCCUCCUGCCCCCAGGGCUGCCGGGCCCGCGGGCGCUGCGUGGCUGGGCGCUGUGUCUGCCAUCCUGGCUACAGUGGCCCCGACUGUGGGACCCGGGCCUGCCCCGGGGACUGUUGGGGCCGCGGUGAGUGCCGCCAAGGCCGGUGUCACUGCCGCCCGGGCUUCGCCGGCGAGGACUGCGCCCUAGAGAUCCCUUCUGUGGAUGUGCGCGUGGUGAGCAGGGAGGAGACGAGCUUCCGGCUGGAGUGGCGUCGCCCCGAGACUCCCGUGGAUGGCUAUGAGAUUCGCCUUGUCCCUACGGACAACCCCCAGGGGGUGUCCUUGCUCCGGCUGCCCAGCUCGACCACGGUCUUCGCGCCCUCAGGGCUGGUGCCAGGGCAGGAGUUCAGCGUCAUGGUCCAGGCCCUGCGGGACCAGCACCUUGGUCCCCCCACCACCCUAACUGUCAGCACCCGCAUCGAUGCACCCCAUGGCCUGCGCCCCACAGGUACCACCCCCACCUCGCUGAGCCUCCGCUGGGAACCCCCGGCUGCUGCUCCUGAGCGCUACACCCUGCAGUACACCCCUGUCAACCGCGUGGGUAAGGGCCCCCCCAGCCAUCUGGACCUGCCCCCCGACCGCCGGCAUGUCACCCUGAGUGGCCUGGAGAGUGACACCCGCUACCGCAUCACCCUGAAGGCCCAUCGGGACCGCGAGGCCAGCCCACCUGCUAUCAUCACCGCUGCCACCGCUCCAGAGUCAUCCAGUCCUGAGGAGCCCACAGCUCCCCCAGUGCCCAGCACAACCUCUCCCAGCCAGGAAGAAUCCUAUUCCCCGAGGGACCUGGCUGUGACGGACGUUACUGCUGACCGGUUCCGUGUCACCUGGACAGCCACCUCCAACAUCUUCCAGCGCUUCCUGCUGCGGUACCGCGACACCAGCUCCAGGGCCCCCCCAGGGGAGAUCCAGGUGCCUGGGGGGCAGCAGAGCGUGGUCGUCACUCAACUGAGCCCAGGCACUGAGUAUGAGCUGGAACUGUGGGGAGAGGGGCCUGGGGGGACCCUAUCUGAGCCCACCAUCACCAGGGCUAUGACAGCACCAGCCGACCACCCAGCCCAGCCCAGCCUGGGGGAGCUCUCAGCCUCCGACAUCACCCACAACUCCGUCCGCCUCUCCUGGACUGUCCCACAGGGGCAGUUUGACUCCUUCAUCAUCCAGUACAGGGACACAGAUGGGAAGCCCCAGGCCCUACCUGUAGACAGAGGAUCCCGAGAGGUCACCGUCCCCAGCCUAGUGCCCUCCCGACGAUACAAAUUCCACCUCUAUGGUAUCUCUGGGCAGAAACGCACUGGCCCCAUCUCCACGGAUGUCAUCACAGCCCCUGCACCCCGGCGGGAAGAGGAACACCCAGCCCAGCCCAGCCUGGGGGAGCUCUCAGCUUCUGACAUCACCCACAACUCCGUCCACCUGUCCUGGACCAUCCCACAGGGGCAGUUUGACUCCUUCACCAUCCAAUACAAGGACACAGAAGGGAAGAUGCAGGCCCUGCCUGUGGAUGGGGGAUCCCGCAGUGUCACCAUUCCCAACCUGGUACCCUCCCGACGAUAUAAGUUCAAUCUCUAUGGCAUUUCUGGGCGGAAGCGUCAUGGCCCCAUCUCCACAGAUGCUGUCACAGCCCGGGCACCACGGGAAGAGAAACCCUCCACUCAGCCCAGCCUGGGGGAGCUCUCAGCCUCCGACAUCACCCACGACUCUGUCCGCCUCUCCUGGACCAUCCCACAGGGCCAGUUUGACUCCUUCACCAUCCAGUACAAGGAUGUGGCAGGGAAAACGCAGGCUCUGCCCAUGGAUGGGGGAUCCCGCACAGUCACUGUCCCCAACCUGACACCCUCCCACCAAUACAAGUUCAACCUCUAUGGUGUCUCUGGCCGGAAGCGUCACGGCCCUGUCUCCACUGACAUUGUCACAGCCUCUGCCCUGCAGGAGACAGAAGAGGCCACAGUGGCCCCAGCCCAGCCCAGCCUGGGGGAGCUCUCAGCCUCCAACGUCACCCAUGACUCUGUCCGCCUCUCCUGGACUGUCCCACAGGGGGAAUUUAAUUCCUUCACCAUCCAGUACAGAGACAGGGAGGGGAAGCCCCAGGCCCUGCCUGUGGAUGGGGGAUCCCACACGGUCACUGUCCUCGACCUGACACCCUCCCAACGAUACAAGUUCAACCUCUAUGGCAUCUCUGGGCAGAAGCGCCGUGGCCCUGUAUCCACUGAUGUCAUCACAGCCCCGGCACCACAGGAGUACAUCACACCCCAGCUCCACCUAGGAGCACUGACAGCGGACAAUGUGGGCCCACGCUCCCUGGACCUCUCCUGGACCGUGGAAGAGGGCACCUUCGACUCCUUCAUCAUCCACUACCGGGAUGCAGCAGGCCAAGCCCAGGCACUGCCUGUGGAUGGAGUCCUGCGCUCCCUGCACCUCCAUGAUCUGACACCCUCCCACCAAUACCGUUUCAACCUCUAUGGCAUCUCUGGCCGGAAGCGGCUUGGCCCCAUCUCCACCAAUGCCAUCACAGCAGCACCCCAGGAGGGGGAGCCCUUGACCCAGCCCCGCCUAGGAGACCUCUCCUACUAUGAUGCCACCCACAACUCCGUCCUGCUCUCCUGGACCAUCCAGGAGGGGGAGUUUAACUCCUUCCUGAUUGAGUACCAGGAUGCCGCCGGCCAACUACAGUCCCUGCCUGCGGAUGGAACCCACCGCUCCAUCCGGGUCGGCCACUUGGUACCUUCUCACAGAUACAUAUUCCACCUCUAUGGCAUCUCUGCCCAGCAGCGCUUUGGCCCCGUCUCCACCGAUCUGGUCACAGCCCCAGAGUCAUGGAAGGAGAAGCCCCACCUGGGAGAGCUCUCAGUCUCUGACAUUACCCCAGAUUCUCUCCGCCUGUCCUGGAUGGUCCAGUCUGGAAGUUUUGACUCUUUCCUGGUCCAGUACAAGGACGCAGAAGGUCGACCCCAGACACUGACAGUGGAUGGAGGAUCCCGUACAGUCACCAUCUCCAACCUGGUGCCCUACCGCAAAUACAAGUUCAACCUCUAUGGUGUCGCCAGCCGAAAGCGCCAUGGCCCUGUCUCCACCGAUGCUGUCACAGCCUCAGCACUGCAGGAGGAAGAGGAGGAAGAGACAACAGUAGCCCCAGCCCAGCCCAGCCUGGGGGAGCUCUCAGCCUCUGAUGUCACCCACGACUCCGUCCGCCUCUCCUGGACUGUCCCACAGGGGGAGUUCAACUCCUUCACCAUCCAGUACAGGGACAUGGAGGGGAAGCUCCAGGCCCUGCCCAUGGGUGGAAAACAGCGUACAGUCUCCAUCCCCAGCUUGGCACCUUCCCAGGGAUACAGGUUCAAGCUCUAUGGCACCUCUGGGAAGAAGCGCCACGGCCCCAUCUCCACUGAUAUUAUCACAGCCCCAGCCCCUCAGGAAGAAGAGGAGGUAGUGACAGUAGCCCCAGCCCAGCCCAGCCUGGGGGAGCUCACGGCCUCUGACAUCACCCACGACUCCGUCCGCCUCUCCUGGACCGUCCCACAAGGGCAGUUCGACUCCUUCACAGUCCAGUACAAGGAUGUGGAGGGGAAGACCCAGGCCCUCCCCAUUGAUGGGGGAACCCACACUGUCACCAUGCUCAACCUGGCACCCUCCCAACGAUACAAGUUCAACCUCUACGGCAUCUCUGGGAGAAAGCGACAUGGCCCCAUCUCCACAGGUGCCCUCACAGCCUCAGUCCUACAGGAGGAAGACAAGAAAGAACCCACGGUAGCCCCAGCCCAGCCCAGCCUGGGGGAGCUCUCAGCCUCCGACAUCACCCACGACUCCGUCCGCCUCUCCUGGACUGUCCCCCAGGGGCAGUUUGACUCCUUCACUGUCCAGUACAAGGACAUGGAGGGGAAGACCCAGGCCCUGCCCAUGGAUGGAGGAUCCCGCAUGGUCACUGUCCCCAACCUGGUGCCAUCCCGACGAUACAGGUUCAACCUCUACGGUGUCUCUGGGAGGAAGCGUCAUGGCCCCAUCUCCACUGAGGCCACCACAGCCUCAGUCCCACAGGAAGAAGAAACCACAGUAGCCCCAGCCCAGCCCAGCCUGGGGGAGCUCUCAGCCUCCGACAUCACCCACGACUCCGUCCGCCUCUCCUGGACUGUCCCACAGGGGCAGUUUGACUCCUUCACUGUCCAGUACAAGAACGUGGAAGGGAAGACCCAGGCCCUGCCCGUGGAUGGAGGAUCUCACACGGUCACUGUCCCCAACCUGGCACCCUCCCGACGAUACAAAUUCAAUGUCUAUGGAGUCUCUGGGAAGAAGCGCCAUGGUCCCAUCUCCACUGAGGCCACCACAGCCUUAGCCCCACAGGAGGAAGAGGAGGAAGAACCCACGGUAGCCCCAGCCCAGCCCAGCCUGGGGGAGCUCUCAGCCUCUGAUAUCACCCAUGACUCCGUCCACCUCUCCUGGACCAUCCUACAGGGGCAUUUUGAUUCCUUCACUGUCCAGUACAAGGACAUGGAGGGGAAGACCAAGGCCCUGCCCGUGGAUGGAGGAUCUCACACGGUCACUGUCCCCAACCUGGCACCCUCUCGACGAUACAAAUUCAAUCUCUAUGGAGUCUCUGGGAAGAAGCGCCAUGGUCCCAUCUCCACUGAGGCCACCACAGCCUCAGUCCUACAGGAGGAAAAGGAGGAAAAACCCACGGUAGCCCCAGCCCAGCCCAGCCUGGGGGAGCUCACGGCCUCUGACAUCACCCACGACUCCAUCCGCCUCUCCUGGACCGUCCCACAGGGGCAGUUUGACUCCUUCACUGUCCAGUACAAGGAUGUGGAGGGGAAAACCCAGGCCCUGCCAGUGGAUGGGGGAUCCCGGACAGUGACUGUCCCCAGUCUGGUGCCUUCCAGACGAUACAAGUUCAACCUCUACGGUGUCUCUGGGAGGAAGCGUCAUGGCCCCAUCUCCACUGAGGCCACAACAGCCUCAGCCCCACAGGAGGAAGAACCCACGGUAGCCCCAGCCCAGCCCAGCCUGGGGGAGCUCUCAGCCUCUGAUAUCACCCACGACUCCGUCCGCCUCUCCUGGACCGUCCCACAGGGGCAGUUUGACUCCUUCACUGUCCAGUACAAGGAUGCAGAGGGGACGAUCCAGGCCCUGCCCGUGGAUGGAGGAUCCCACACAGUCACCAUACCCAACCUGGCACCCGCCCAACAAUACAAGUUCAACCUCUAUGGAGUGUUUGGGAAGAAGCGCCAUGGCCCCAUCUCCACUGAGGCCACCACAGCCUCAGCCCCCCAGGAGGAAAAAGUGGAAGCACCCACAGUAACCCCAGCGCAGCCCAGCCUGGGGGAACUCUCAGCUUCCGAUGUCACCCAUGACUCUGUCCACCUCAUCUGGACGGUCCCACAGGGGCAAUUUGACUCCUUCACUGUCCACUACAAGGAUGUGGAUGGGAAAACUCAGACCUUGCCCAUGGAUGGGGGAUCCCGCACGGUCACUGUCUCUAACCUCGUGCCCUCCCGACGAUACAAGUUCAACCUCUAUGGUGUCUCCGGGAGGAAGCGUCACGGCCCCAUCUCCACUGAGACCACCACAGUCUCAGCCACACAGGGGAAAGAGGAGGAAGAGGAGGAAGAACCCACGGUAGCCCCAGCCCAGCCCAGCCUGGGGCAGCUCUCGGUCUCCAACAUCUCCCAUGACUCCGUCCGCCUCUCCUGGACCGUUCUACAGGGGCAGUUUGACUCCUUCACUGUCCAGUACAAGGACAUAGGGGGGAAGACCCAGGCCGUACCCGUGGAUGGGGGAUCCCGCACAGUCCCCAUCCCCAACCUGGUGCCAUCCCAACGAUACAAGUUCAACCUCUACGGUGUUUUUGGGAGGAAGCGCCAUGGCCCCAUCUCCCUUGAGGCCACCACAGCCUCAGUCCUACAGGAGGAAGAGGAAGAAGAACCCACGGUAGCCCCAGCCCAGCCCAGCCUGGGGGAGCUCACGGCCUCUGACAUCACCCACAACUCAGUCCACCUCUCCUGGACCGUCCCGCAGGGGCAGUUUGACUCCUUCACUGUCCAGUACAAGGAUGCAGAUGGGAAGACCCAGGUCCUACCCAUGGAUGGAGGAUCCCGCACGGUUACCAUACCCAACCUGGUGCCCUCCCAACGAUACAAGUUCAACCUCUAUGGUGUCUUCAAGAGGAAGCGUCAUGGUCCCAUCUCUACUGAGGCCACCACAGCCUCACCCCCACAGGAGGAAGAGGAGGAAGAGGAGGAAGAACCCACGGUAGCCCCAGCCCAGCCCAGUCUGGGAGAGCUCUCAGCCUCCGACAUCACCCACGACUCCGUCCGCCUCUCGUGGACCAUCCCACAGGGGCAGUUUGACUCCUUCACCGUCCAGUACAAGGACGUGAAGGGGAAGACACAGGUCCUGCCCGUGGAUGGGUCAUUCCGCACCGUCACCGCCCCCAACCUAGCACCCACCCGACGUUACAAAUUCAAUCUCUAUGGAGUCUCCGGGAAGAAGCGCCAUGGCCCCAUCUCCACUGAGGCCACCACAGCCUCAGCCCCACAGGAGGAAGAGAAGGAAGGACCCACGGUAGCCCCAGCCCAGCCCAGCCUGGGGGAGCUCUCAGCCUCUGAUAUCACCCAUGACUCUGUCCGCCUCUCCUGGACCAUCCCACAGGGGCAGUUUGAUUCCUUCACUGUCCAGUACAAGGAUGUGGAGGGAAAAACCAAGGCCCUGCCUAUAGGUGGGGGAACCCAUACGGUCACCAUCCUCAACCUGGUGCCCUCUCAACGAUACAUUUUCAACCUCUAUGGAGUCUCUGGGAGGAAACGUCAUGGCCCCGUCUCCACUAAUGCCAUCACAGCCUCAGCCCCACAGGAGGAAGAGAAGGAAGGACCCACGGUAGCCCCGGCCCAGCCCAGCCUGGGGGAGCUCUCAGCCUCCGACAUCACCCACGACUCCGUCCGCCUCUCCUGGACUGUCCCGCAGGGGGAAUUUGACUCCUUCACUGUCCAGUACAAAGAUGUAGAGGGAAAGCCCCAGGCCCUGCCUGUGGGUGGUGGAUCACGUGUGGUCACCAUUCCUGGCCUGGCACCUUCCCAUAGAUACAGGUUCAACCUCUACGGCAUCUCUGGGCAGAAGCGCCAAGGCCCUGUCUUCACCAACACCAUCACAGCUGCAGCCCCACAGAAGGAGGAGGAAGAGGAGGAACCAACGGUAGCCCUGGCCCAGCCCAGCCUGGGGGAGCUCUCAGCUUCUGAUGUCACCCAUGAGUCCAUCCGCCUCUCCUGGACUGUCCCACAAGGGGAGUUUGACUCCUUCAUUGUUCAGUACAAGGAUGUAAAGGGGAAGCUCCAGGCCCUGCCCGUGGACGGGACAUCCCGCACGGUCAUCGUCCCCAGUCUGGUGUCCUCCCAACGAUACAAGUUCCACCUCUACGGAGUCUCUGGUCGGAAGCGCCAUGGGCCCAUCUCCACCGAUGCCGUCACAGCCUCAGGACCAGAGGCAGAGGAAGUCCAGGCCCAGCCCAGCCUGGGGGAGCUCUCAGUCUCUGAUGUGACUCCAGAUUCUCUCCGCCUCUCAUGGACCAUCCAGGCUGGGAACUUCAACUCCUUCCUCGUCCAGUACAAAGAUGCAGAUGGCCAGUCCCAGACAAUGACAGUGGAUGGGGGUUCCCGCAUGGUCACUGUCUCCAACCUGCUGCCUUCUCACAGAUACAAGUUCAACAUUUAUGGCAUCUCUGGGCGGAAGCGUCUUGGCCCCAUCUCCACCACUGCUGCCACAGCCUCUGAUCAAGAGGAGGAGGAAGAGGAAGAGGAGGAGGGGGAAAAAGAACCAACAGCUGCCCCAACCCAACCCAGCCUGGGGGUGCUCUCGGCCUCUGAUGUCACUCACGACUCUGUCCACCUCGCCUGGACCGUCCCCCACGGGGACUUUGAUUCCUUCACUGUUCAGUACAAGGAUGCAGAGGAGAAGCCCCAGGCCCUGCCUGUGGAUGGGGGAACCCACACAAUCACCAUCCUCAAUUUGACACCUUCCCAUAGAUACAAGUUCCACCUCUAUGGCAUCUCUGGGCAGAAGCGCCUUGGCCCCAUCUCCACUGACACUGUCACAGCACCAGCUCCACAGAAGGAAAAGGAGGAGUCACCAAUAGCCCCAGCCCAGCCCAGCCUGGGGGAGCUGUCAGCCUCUGACAUCACCCAUGACUCCGUCCGCCUCUCCUGGACUGUCCCACAGGGAGAGUUUGAUUCCUUCUCCAUCCAGUACAGGGACACAGAAGGGAAACCCCAGGCCUUGCCUGUUAGAGGGGGAUCCCGCACAGUCACUAUCCCUGGCCUGGCACCCUCUCGACGAUACAAGUUCAACCUCUACGGCAACUCUGGGAGGAAGCGCCAUGGCCCCAUCUCCACUGAUGCCAUCACAGCCCCAGCACCACAGGCGAAGGAUAAAACCCCAGCCCAGCCCAGCUUGGGGGAGCUCUGGGCCUCUGACGUGACCCAUUACUCCGUCCGCCUCUCCUGGACCGUUCCACAAGGAGAUUUUGAUUCCUUCAGCAUCCAAUACAGGGACACAGAUGGGAAGCCCCAGGCUCUGCCCCUGGAUGGGGGAUCCCGUACAGUCACAGUCCCUGACCUAGUGCCCUCCCACAGAUACAAGUUCAACCUCUAUGGUGUCUCCGGGCACAAACGCCAUGGCCCUGUCUCCACCGAUGUCCUCACAGCCACAGCCCCACAGGAGGAAGAAGAGGAGGCGCCAACAGUGGCCCCGGCCCGGCCCAGCCUGGGAGUGCUCUCAGCCUCCAACAUCACCCAUGACUCCGUGGGCCUCUCCUGGACUGUCCCAGAGGGGGAAUUUGACUCCUUCAUCAUCCAGUACCGAGACACAGAGGGGAAGCCCCAGGCCCUGCCUGUGGACGGGAGGUCACGCACGGCCACUGUCCCUGGCCUGCUGCCUUCCCGACAAUACAAGUUUAACCUCUACGGCAUCUCUGGGCCAAAGCGCCUCGGCCCUAUCUCCACUGAGGCCAUCACAGCCCCAGCACCACAAGAGGAGGAGCCCCAAGUCCAGCCUACCCUGGGGGAGCUCUCAGCUUCCAAUGUCACCCAUGACUCCAUCCACCUCUCCUGGACCAUCGCACAAGGGGAGUUUGACUCUUUCUCUAUCCAGUACAAAGACACUGAGGGGAAGCCCCAGGCCCUGCCUAUGGACGGGGGAUCCCGUACAGUCACCAUCCCCAACUUAGCGUCCUCCCAUCGAUAUAAGUUCAACCUCUACGGCAUCUCCGGGCGAGAGCGCCAUGGCCCUAUCUCCACCGAUGCCGUCACAGGCCCAGCACAAGAGGAGGGACCCCAAAUCCAGCCCAGCCUAGGGGAGCUCUUGGUCUCCAACAUCACCCAUGACUCCGUCCAUCUCUCUUGGACCGUCCCACAGGGAGAGUUUGAUUCCUUCACUGUUCAAUACAAGGAUGUGGAGGGGAGGCCCCAGGCCUUGCCUGUAGAUAGGGGAUCCCGCACGGUCAUUGUCCCUGGCCUGGCACCCUCCCGAAGAUAUAAGUUCCACCUCUACGGCAUCUCCGGGCGGAAACGCCAUGGCCCUAUCUCCACCGAUGCUGUCACAGACCAGCUACCACAGGUGGAGGAACCCCCAGCCCAGCCCAGCCUGGGGGAGCUCUCGGCCUCCGACAUCACCCAUGAAUCUGUCCGCCUCUCCUGGACCGUCCCACAGGGAGAGUUUGACUCCUUUAUUGUUCAGUACAAGGACAUUGAGGGGAAGUCCCAGGCCCUGCCUGUGAAUGGAGGAUCCCGCACUGUCACCAUUCCUGGCCUGGCACCAUCUCGGAGAUACAAGUUCCACCUCUAUGGGACCUUUGGCCGAAAGCGCCUUGGCCCCAUCUCCACUGAUGCCACCACAGCCCCAGCGCCGCAGGAGAAGGAUAAAACCCCAACCCAGCCCAGCCUGGGGGAGCUCUCGGUCUCCGACAUCGCCCACGACUCUGUCCGCCUCUCCUGGACCGUUCCCCAGGGGCAGUUUGACUCCUUCACUGUCCAGUACAAGGAUGCAGAGGGGAAGCCCCAGGCCCUGCCCAUGGAUGGGGGAUCCCGCACCAUCACUGUCCCCAACCUGGUGCCUUCCCGCCGAUACAAGUUCCACCUCUACGGCAUCUUCGGGAGGAAGCGCCACGGCCCCGUCUCCACUGACACCGUCACAGCCUCAGCCCCUCAGAAAGAGGAGGAGGUGGUGACAGUAGCCCCAGCCCAGCCCAGCCUGGGGGAGCUCUCAGCCUCCAACAUCACCCAUGACUCUGUCCGCCUCUCCUGGACUGUCUCCCAGGGCGUGUUUGACUCCUUCACUGUCCAGUACAAGGAUGUGGAAGGGAAGCCCCAGGCCCUGCCCGUGGAUGGGGGAUCCCACACAGUCACCAUCCCUGACCUGCAGCCUUCCCGUCGAUACAAGUUCCACCUCUAUGGCAUCUCCGGGCAGAAGCGGCAUGGCCCCAUCUCCAUUGACACCAUCACAGCCUCAGCCCCACAGAAGGAAGAACCAACAGUGGCACCAGCCCAGCCCAGCCUGGGGGAGCUCUCAGUCUCCGACAUCACCCACGACUCUGUCCGCCUCUCCUGGACCAUCCCAGAAGGAGAAUUUGAUUCCUUUAUUGUCCAAUACAAGGAUGCAGAGGGGAAACCCCAGGCCCUGCCUGUGGAUGGGAGGUCCCACACACUCUCUGUCCCCAACCUGGUGUCCUCCAGACGAUAUAAGUUCCACCUCUACGGUGUCUCUGGGCAGAAGCGCCUCGGCCCCAUCUCCACGGAUGCCGUCACAGCCCCAGCACCGAAGGAGAAGGAUAAAACCCCAGCCCAGCCCAGCCUGGGGGAGCUCUCGGUCUCCGACAUCACCCACGACUCCGUCCGCCUCUCCUGGACCGUUCCCCAGGGGCAGUUUGACUCCUUCACCGUCCAGUACAAGGAUGCAGAGGGGAAGCCCCAGGCCCUGCCCGUGGAUGGGGGAUCCCGCACCAUCACUGUCCCCAACCUGGUGCCUUCCCGCCGAUACAAGUUCCACCUCUACGGCAUCUUCGGGAGGAAGCGCCACGGCCCCGUCUCCACUGACGCCGUCACAGUCUCAGCCCCACAACAGGAGAAGCAGGAAGCCACGGUAGCCCCAAUUCAGCUCAGCCUGGGGGAUCUCUCAGCCUCUGACAUCACCCACGACUCCGUCCGCCUCUCCUGGACCAUCCAGGAGGGAGAGUUUGAUUCUUUUAUUGUCCAGUACAACAACGCAGAGGGGAAGCCCCAGACCCUGCCUGUGGAGGGGACAUCCCACACGGUCACCGUCCCUGAUUUGGCACCUUCCCACCGAUAUGAGUUCCAGCUCUAUGGCAUCUCUGGGCAGCAGCACCUCGGCCCCAUCUCCACUGAUGCCGUAACAGCCUCAGCCCCACAGAAGGAGGAAAAGGAGAAAGAACCAACGGCAGCCCCAGCCCAGCCCAGCCUGGGGGAGCUCUCAGCCUCCAACAUCACCCACGACUCUGUCCGCCUCUCCUGGACCAUCCCACAGGGGCAGUUUGACUCCUUCACCGUCCAGUACAGAGACACGGAGGGGAAGCCCCAAGCCCUGCCCGUGGAUGGGGGAUCCCGUACAGCCACCGUCCCUGGCCUGGUGCCUUCUCGCCGAUACAAGUUCCAUCUCUAUGGCAUUUCCGGGCAGAAGCGCCUUGGCCCUGUCUCCACUGAGGCUGUCACAGCCCCAUCACGGGAGACAGACCUUCAGACUCCACCUCGCCUGGGGGAGCUCUCGGCAUCCGACGUCACCCACGACUCCAUCCUGCUCACCUGGACCGUCCUAGAGGGCACCUUUGACUCCUUUAUCAUCCAUUACCGAGAUGCAUCAGGCAAACCCCAGGCCCUGCCUGUGGGUGGGGCCCACCGCUCCUUCCGUGUCCCAAGUCUGGCCCCCUCCCAGCGGUACAAGUUUAACCUCUAUGGCAUCUCUGGAAGGAAGCGCAUUGGCCCCAUAUCCACUGAUGCCAACACAGUCCCAGCACCACGGGAGGAGACAACAGCAGCCCCGGCCCAGCCCAGCCUGGGGGAGCUCUCGGCCUCUGACAUCACCCACGACUCCGUCCGCCUCUCCUGGACCGUCCCAGAGGGGGAAUUUGACUCCUUCACCAUCCAGUACAAAGACGCGAAGGGGAAGCCCCAGGCCCUGCCUGUGGAUGGGGGGUCCCGGGCGGUCACAGUGCCCAGCCUGACACCCUCCCGACGAUACAAGUUCCAUCUCUACGGUGUCUCAGGGCGGAAGCGCCUUGGCCCCAUCUCCACCGAGGCUGUCACAGCCCCGGUUCCACAAGGAGAAAUCGUGACCCGGCUCAGGCUGGGGCAGCUGGUUACAGACAACAUCACCCAUGACUCCCUGGACCUUGCCUGGACUCUGGAAGAGGGUGACUUUGACUCCUUCAUUGUCCACUACCGGGAUGCAGCAGGAGAACCGCAGGCCCUGCCUGUGGAUGGGGCCCAGCGUUCCCUCCAUGUCCCCAACCUGGCACCCUCCCGACGGUACAAAUUCAACCUCUACGGUGUCUCUGGGCGGAAGCGCCUGGGCCCACUCUCAACCGAUGCCAUCACAGCCCAGGCACCACGGGAGAAGGAACCCCCAGCCCAGCCCAGCCUGGGGGAGCUCUCAGCCUCCAACAUCACCCACAACUCCGUCCGCCUCUCCUGGACCAUCCCGCAGGGGGAGUUUGAUUCCUUCACCGUCCAGUACAAGGACGUGGAAGGGAAACCCCAGGUCUUGCCCCUGGACGGGGGAUCUCGCACAGUCACUGUUCCAGGCCUGGCAUCCUCCCGGCGAUACAAAUUCCACCUCUAUGGCAUCUCUGGGCGGAAGCGCCACGGCCCCGUCUCCACUGAUGUUGUCACAGCCAUCGCCACGAAGCAAGCGCAGCUGAUGGAGGAGGAGAAAGAAAAGGAGGAGGAAGGCAGGCAGCCGGGGCUCCAGCUGGGGGACCUGGCAGUCUCAGAAGUCACCAAGGACUCGGUGCGGCUCUCCUGGACCGUGCGGGAAGGCACCUUUGACUCCUUCCUCGUCCAGUACGAGGAUGCCGAGGGGAGGCCCCAGGCCCUGCCCCUGGACGCGGGGACCCUCACAGCUGUUGUCUCCGACCUGGUGCCCUCCCACCGGUACCAGUUCCACCUCUAUGGCAUCUCAGGGCAGAAGCCCCAUGGCCCCGUCUCCACCGAUGCGGUCACAGCCUUCCCAGAGGCCCAGAGCGAGCCCCCGGCCCAGCUGAGCCAGCUGGCGGUGUCGGAGAUGCUGCCCACCUCAGUGCGCCUGAGCUGGGACGCGCCUGCCGGAGAGUUUGACACCUUCCUCAUCCAGUACCGGGACACAAGGCCCGGAGGAAGGCUGGGGCCAGUGCAGGAAGCAGAGGUGCCGGGGGGGCAGCGCUCAGCCGUGCUGCGGGGGUUGCAGCCUAGCACCCAUUACAGCCUCACCCUCCACGGCAUCAAGGGCAGGGAGCGGGCGGCCAGCCUCAGCGGCACGGCGCGGACCUCCAGCCUCGAGCUGGGCAGCCCCCGUGACCUGCGCUUCAGCGACAUCCAGGAGACCUCGGUGGGCGUGAGCUGGGGGCCGCCGUCUUCCCGCCCUGACCGCUACAAGGUGUCCUACCAGCUGACUGACGGUGGGGAGCCACAGAGCAUAGUGCUGCAGGGGACCCAGCUGGAGACCACGCUGCGGGGGCUGGCACCAGGCUCCAGCUAUGAGGUCAGCGUGAUGUCGAUGCGUGGCUUCGAAGAGAGCGAACCCCUCAUCGGCUAUGUUACCACAGCCCCCGACGGCCCCUCGGACCUGCGUGCUAUCAACAUCACAGAUUCGUCGGCCAUGCUCAGCUGGCGCCCCCCCCAGGCCAAGGUCGACAGCUAUGCGCUGAACUACGGGCCCCCCCAGGGCCCCGCGAUCACUGAGCGGGUCCCUGGGGAUCAGACCCAGCACCCGCUCCAGGGGCUUCAAGUGGACACGGAGUAUCAGGUCAGCAUCAGCGGAGAGACAGGCAGCAACCGCAGCAUCCCAGCCAGUGCCGCCUUCAGCACCGGGUCAGAUGCCCCCCGCGACCUCCGAGCCAUAGCCGUGACCUCCCGCAGCGCCCAUCUAGUCUGGACCCCACCCCACAACCCCCCUGAUGGCUACCUGCUAGUCUAUGAGGGCCCCUCUGGCAUCACACAGGAGGUGCCCCUGGCUGCAACUGCUGCCUCCCACGAGCUGCAGGACCUGGACCCAUCCAGCCGGUACCGUGUGCAAGUGCAGGUGCUGCGGGGAGGUACUCCUGGUGCCCCCAUCACCACUUCCUUCACCACCGGGCGCCUGAUGUACCCAUUCCCCCGGGACUGCGCUGAGGAGCUGCUGAAUGGGCCAAGCCAGUCGCGGGAGAUGACCGUGUAUGUGGGCGGUGCACGGGACCAACCCCUGAGGGUCUACUGCGACAUGGACACAGAUGGCGGUGGCUGGUUGGUGUUUCAGCGGCGCAUGAACGGGAAAACCGACUUCUGGCGUGACUGGCAGGACUACGUCCAGGGCUUUGGCGACCUCUCCCGCGAGUUCUGGCUGGGUAAUGAUGCACUACAUGCACUGACCUCGGCCGGUGACUAUGAGCUGCGAGUGGACCUGCGGGCAGGGGCCGAGGCCGCCCACGCCAUCUACAGCCACUUCCGCGUGGACCCCCCCAGCGAGCACUACCGCCUGCAUCUGGGGUCCUACCGUGGUACCGCUGGCGAUGCCAUGAGCUACCACUCGGGCAGCGUGUUCUCGACGCGGGACCACGACCCCAACCGCCUCAUCAUCUCGUGCGCCGUCUCCUACCGCGGGGCCUGGUGGUACCACAACUGCCACUUUGCCAACCUCAAUGGCAUGUACGGCAACAACAAGGACCAACAGGGAAUUAACUGGUACAACUGGAAAGGCUUUGAGUUCUCCAUCCCCUUCACUGAGAUGAAGAUCCGGCCCCGGCGCAGCUGAGCAGGGCCCGGAUGGAUGGACGGACAGACCCAUGGACAGACAGACAGAGGCCUCCAUGGACAUCUCCCCCAACCAGGAGACCCUCCCAGAUCCACCUCCUUGGGGGAUGGAGCCCAGGCAUCGUGGCAGCACCCCACAGGGUCCCAGCACUGCCAGGGGGAGGUCUCUGGGGGCACCCCAAAAAAACCCAGAAGGGGCAGACAGCAGCUUUACUAGGGGGGCAGCAGGGGAUGCCAGGCCAAAUGGGGCCUGGGGGAGUGGGCAGAGUUAAGAGGAAGGGGGCAGGGCUUUGGC